AUGGCGAAACGUGCCGUAUCGUACGAUACCUCGCGUACUAUAGGUAUUUGUGCGAAUUUUAAACUUUUAUAUCUUGUAUGCAGUGUAAACUAAAUGAACCUUCCAUGAUUAAUAUUAUUCAUCAUUGCAUCAGCCGAGUACACAAAGAGUUAUACUUCCUAUAACUUAGCCGAGUAAUUUUAAAUCGGACGAUAGUGUUAGCAAAAUAUUGAAUAAACACUUAAAUAAUUAAAAUCGUAUUACUGCUUGAAUCUAAUGGGAGAUAGAGAUUGGAGACCGUUUAUCUACGGCGGUCUGGCGUCGAUCGUUGCAGAAUUUGGGACGUUCCCCAUUGACACAACAAAGACCCGCCUGCAGAUCCAGGGGCAGCAGAUUGACCCGCGCCAUGUGGAGCUGCGCUACUCGGGCAUGGUGGAUUGCUUCGUCAAGACCAGUCGCCAGGAAGGUGUCAAGGCUCUGUACUGUGGGAUAUGGCCGGCGGUCCUCCGGCAGGCGACGUACGGCACGAUAAAGUUCGGCACGUACUACUCGCUGAAGCAGGCGCUGGCGGCGCGGCGCGCGGACGGCGGCGCGGCCGAACAUCUGCCCACCAACACCUUCUGCGCGGCCUUCGCGGGCGGCUUCUCUAGUGCCAUAGCGAACCCGACAGACGUGCUCAAAGUGCGCAUGCAGAUGGGGUCGGAGAAGCGUGCGCUGGUGCGAUGCUUCGCGGAGAUCUACCGGCGCGAGGGCGCGCGCGGGCUGUGGCGCGGCGUCGGCCCCACCAGCCAGCGCGCCGCCGUCAUCGCCGCCGUCGAGCUGCCCGUCUACGACGCCUGCAAGAAGCGGUUCAUGCCCGACUUGGGAGACACGCCGGUUAACCACUUCGCCUCGAGCUUGCUGGCCAGCUUAGGCAGUGCCGUAGCCAGUACGCCGUUAGACGUCAUCAGGACGAGAAUGAUGAAUCAAAGAAAAGUGAAAGGCCACGUGAGCAGGCCGUCCGAGAAGAUAUACACCGGCACCAUAGACUGCUUCUUACGGACGGUACGCAGUGAGGGUUUCCUGGCGCUGUACAAGGGCUUCGUGCCGACGUGGCUGCGCAUGGGGCCCUGGAACAUCAUCUUCUUCCUCUCCUACGAGCAGCUCAAGCAGUUCUACUGAACCACCCCACCCACCACCACAGGGUUACGAGUACUACUAUACAAGUUGGUACCAUCGACACGGCAGCCGUAGAAGCGCUUUCGUCCACGCCCGAAGAGGAGACUCACUAGGAGCGAGAGUGAGGAGCAACACAACAGGCUCGCUUCACCGCUGACCUACUUUAUGUGUAGGGUUUAGUAUAAGGAUUACUUGGUACAAGUACCGCUACGUCCGUUAGGUUGUUAACGUUGUAUGUUUGUAUUUUUAAUUGUUUAGUACGAAACGGUUUGACAAAGUUAGGUAUUCGUUGUCUUUGUAACUGCCAAAAGUUUAUUUUUAAGCAUUUUGUAAAGUUCCUUAUUUUAGAGUGAGAAUAUUUCUUGAUACGUUUUAAAAACAAUCGUCGCUAGUUUAAAACUAUAGUUACAAGCUGUAACACUACGAUUUUACUCUAAGGACCAGUCUACCCAGUGAUACUUUGAUAAAGUAGUACGUCUCGCCCGAUGGUAAGCAGUUGUCGAAGCGUAUUUUAGGGGCGUCACAUACGUAAACAUUGCUUGUAAAUCUAGAAAUUGUCCUAGCAACGGUCGGUAAAAGAUAACAUGGCUUUUUACAAGUAAUAUUGGGUUAAUUCCUCUCCUUAUUUUAUCGAAAAAAAAAAUCGCUUUAAGAAAUUUGCAGAUUUGUUAAUUCGUUAUCAGUUGUCAUGAUCCCGAGAUGAUUUUUAGUGUUACGUACAAAACUUUGGUCACGGUCGUCACGGAUCACUUCGGUCUUGCAAAUCGGUUAAAUGCGUUUUUUUGUUUAGGUAACGACAUUGAUACGUUCAGUUCUAUUUUUGCAGUGAAUGUAAAGAGAGUUACUGUCUUUACAUUUAUUUUAUGUAAGUAUUAAAAUAUCUAUCGAGCUUAGAAUAGUAGCGGGAUUGUGUGAAUUAUUGUUAGGUAGGUAUAGUAGGUAGGUAAGGUGCAUCGUUGACAUAUCGCUUGAGAUUAAGGUACCUAGUGCCAGAGAACCUCAGUAGUUACAACUAUAUAUUA